AUGGCAGCCAUCACACACCACCGCACCUUCCCGCUCUACAAUCGAACCUGCAUAAAAACCAGACCUGCAAAGAAGAACCCAACAAUCACAAAUCGCGCACUGUUAGGCGUAGGACCCAUGGCUUCCUCAAGCAGAACAUGUUCGGGUUCAUCCUCUCUGCUUCAGAACUCGGGUUCUGAGGAGGACUUGCAACCGGUAAUGGAUCAGAGAAAGAGGAAGAGAAUGACAUCGAAUCGCGAAUCUGCACGACGAUCUCGCAUGAGGAAGCAGAAGCACUUGGACGAUCUGGUUACCCAAGUGGCUCAGCUGAGAAAGGAGAAUAAGCAGAUACUCACCACCGUCAACAUCACCACACAGUAGUUCUUGAGCGUUGAGGCUGAGAACUCGGUGCUCCGGGCUCAGGUGGGUGAGCUGAGCCAUCGGUUAGAGUCUCUGAACGAGAUCAUCGAACUCUGGUUGUGUGUGAGAAGGAGAGGGGAAGAUGAAGUGGGAAUUCCCACUGUGCCCUUUCUCUAAAGCUGAUUUAACCUCAUAGUUUUUAAUACAAAACUCUUUUUUAAUUCCACCUAUGAUUACUGAAAACACUGACCAUGCCACGUAAUAAACAAUUAAACGGCCG